CAACCCCUCCAAGCUUUUGCCUCAGUAGGUCCCCUGACGCCCGACUAGGGGGAAUAUACUAGACUCAGCAAACAGUCCCUCAGGAUUACAUGACAAAGCCCUUUCGACCAAAGACAGCAUCCCGACUGGAGAGAAAGAUAAGAUUUGCUGAAGAAGGGGUCUGCGAAGGACCUACAGUAGUGUCUGAGGGAAGAGGCCCGGCCGAGUCUCCGAUGGUGUCUCGGGAGCAUCACGACACGGGCUAUUAGAAAGCCGCGGCGGGCAGGGACUAGGAGCUGAUCGCCAGACUCUACCUCUUCGAGAGAAGAAUGUCGCAAGGUUGGGAAAGAAAACUCUGGAUUUACGACCUUAGGGCUCACUUUCCGGCCAAUCCAGAGGCGCCUGAAGGCUGCUUGGGUUGGUGAGGCCCGAGACAGUCUCACACAGCUACUUGUGCAUCAAGCUCUACAUCUUUUUCCAUGGGAACAGAAAUGGAGAAUUUUUUGGAGUGGAAAGUUCAACUAGCAUGGAUAGUAAAGAUUCUUAUACUACUAAGAUUCUGUAAAUGUAAACAUUUCUCUGCAGAACUUGAUUUAUAUUGAGAUCGAUGCUCCAUUAGUUAUUCAUUUAUUCUACAAUAUAUGUGGAAUGCCUGCAGGACAGGAACUGUUUCAGGCCCCAAGUUUCAGGAACUUCUGAGCGGCCCUGGUCAGUGCAAGAUGGACCCUGUAGUCCUGAGUUACAUGGACAGUCUUCUGCGGCAAUCAGACGUCUCACUACUGGACCCGCCAAGCUGGCUCAAUGACCAUAUUAUUGGAUUUGCCUUUGAGUAUUUUGCCAACAGUCAGUUUCGUGACUGCUCUGACUUUGUCUGCUUCAUCAGCCCCGAAGUCACCCAGUUCAUCAAGUGCACUAAUAGCCCAGCAGAAAUCGCCAUGUUCCUUGAACCCCUGGAUCUUCCCCACAAGAGAGUUGUGUUUUUAGCCAUCAAUGAUAACUCCAACCAGGCAGCUGGGGGAACCCACUGGAGUUUGUUGGUUUAUCUCCAAGAUAAAAACAGCUUUUUUCAUUAUGAUUCCCAUAGCAAAAGCAACUCCAUCCAUGCAAAGCAGGUAGCAGAGAAACUAGAAGCAUUUUUAGGUAGGAAAGGAGACAAACUCGUCUUUGUGGAAGAGAAAGCCCCUGCUCAACAAAACAGCUAUGACUGUGGGAUGUACGUGAUCUGUAACACUGAGGCCCUGUGUCAGAACUUCUUUAGGCAACAGCCAGACUCCCUGCUGCAGCUGCUCACCCCCACAUACAUCACGAAGAAGAGGGCAGAAUGGAAAAAUCUCAUUGCUAGACUUGCGAAGAAUUAGCUACUGGAGAAUAUUUGUGACUUUUAAACCUCCCUCUUUCUGCUCUUCCUUAUUUAUUGGAUGGCUGCAGUUUCAGUGCCUGAGGAAAGAUGUCUAGUAGGGAAAAGCUCACUAUUUUUUUAAAGGACCUGAGAGCAAUAUGUUCUGUGAAAAUGUCUUCAAGUUAUGGACCAAAUUUUUAACUUAUGUUAACAUUUAUUACAUAUAUAUUUCAAGGAAGACCCAUAUUGAUAUAAAGUUAAUUCCCUUUUCUUCUCUCUUUUCCUUAUUGGCUUAUCCCAAAGGCAAGGCAGUGAUCUCUAAAACAAAGACUACAUGAAAUCUAAAGGAAUGUAAGGACGAAAACUAUAGGAAAACCAAAAACUUGUUGCAUGGCUUUCAUAAUUAAAUAGAUCAACUGGCUGGAAGCUGAUCAAAGCCUAACUUCAUUUAAAACCUAAAUAUUAGGCCGGGCAUGGUGGUAUGCACAUGUAAUUUGAGCUUUCAGGAGGCUGAGGCAGGAAGAUCA